AAGAAGCACAAGAGACGAAAUAGGGAAGAGCUCUCUUCUUUGUCUCGGCCAAUUCACGUGCAGAACCAAGUUAAAAAAGAGGGAGGGAACAAAGAAAUGGGGAUGGAGAGAUAGGGGGAGAAGAGGGAGUCAAGAGGGAGUGGUGAGUUUUCGAGAAGAGAGUCCGAGAGUGAGAAGCCGGAGCCGAGAACGAACGAAGCAUCCUCCCAUCACCACCAUGCCCGGACCUUGGCUGACAACCUCUCCUGGCCAACGUCCCCAACAGCCCACUCCCCGACGUCCAUAUUUCCGGAGUUCCUAAUUCUUGGCGCUCGGCCAGACCCGCAUCAGUUAAAAGGGACCUUAGAGCAAAAUCGAUGUGGCUUCAUCAACGCGUCCGUGUCGUUAGCAGAAGGUAAGAAAAUAGAAAAGAAAGAACUUAUUGGCGAAAAAAGAAAAAAACGGAGAUGGCAGGGCUUUUUCACUUGAUCGAGAAGAAGCUGGGGGAGCGCUGCAUGAGUUCCCAAGAUAUAGGGAUCCGAUUGUUAAAAAUUGAGGCACUGCUGGUCAUCGCUCCUGCAAUCUUAGUCUUUCUUGGGAUCUCCGGGUCGUUCAGGCGACACUGCAGAAACGGCGCAUUCGCAAUGGUCACAUUGGCAGCCUAUACCCUUACGCCCGCUGUCAUUGCGUACACGCUUGGCCUUUUCCAAAGUACUCCUUACUGCAGUCUGCUUUUCCCUAUUUGGGCGACUUAUCUGGUGGCGGUUCUCGGAAACGUGGAUUCCUACACUGCGCACAGCAUGGAGGACAUUGAACGGUGGAAGUCAUUUAGAGUCGACUCCGCUGUUAAAUGUAUCAUGACAAGUUGGAUGAUCGCUACAUAUGCAAUACUAUGGAGGAACCCACUAGUUUGCAUUCUUUUCGUGAUUCUAUUCCUGAAUGUCGAUGAAAGAGCACGAGCUUUGAUGUUGGCAAGCAAUUCUGUGAUGCAGAAGAAAUGCAGGCUCAUAGGAGACUACAUGAGCACCGAGCACCAAUGGAGCAAUUCAAGUGAUGAAGAUCCUGCUACAAUGCGUGGGUACAGGUACUUGGUGAUAGUGGCAGGAGAGGCAAAGGUGCACUCAUCGUGCUCAAAAGCGAAAUGGAGAAGAAAGGCAGCUCCGUGGCUUGAUGGGGACGCGCCGCAUUAUCGACAAUUGUUGGAGGUGACGGAUGAAGUUAUCACCGUUGAGAAGGUUUGGAAUUGCAAAGGUAGGCUAUUAAGUGUAAGCGGAGGAGACCGGGAUGGCCGACUCAAGGAUCUUUGCCUGUCUUUUUCGCUCUUCAAGUUCAUCUGCCUGAGAUUCACUGGCUAUUCGUUGCCCCGAGAAGCUCACAACAAGUUAUGGCGCUUGAUUCAACAUAUGCUUUCCGAAGAGAAUGGUUAUGAGCGAGUUUUCCGAGUCAUCGAAGUAGAACUUGCAUUUCUUUUUGAUUUAUUCUACACCAAAUAUCCAGUGAAUCUCCAUUGCCGUCCUUCAGUGUAUAAAUUGCUUCUAUUCCCCAUUGUGGUUGCUGUUCCUCUGAUUUUACUCUACGCUGCGAUUUUGGAACAGGACGUGUUUGCUAUUAUCGCAAUCGUCUUGUUAUUAAUGUCAAUCCUCGUUGUCAAGCUUACACAGUUUGGCAUCAUGAUCUUCUCGGAAUGGGCGAAGGUGACAUACAUAUGCAAGUAUGUGCGCAGCGAGUGGUGGCGAAGGAACAAAUGUGCUGGGAAGUUGAUCGAAAUUAUAUGCAGAGUUUGGUUAGUGAAGCCUUGGGGAAGACAACUGCGUCAAUACUCGCUCCUCAAAUCGUAUAGCUAUUCUCCACGGAAGUGUAUAUACAAUAGACUCACUGCUGCUUAUCUUGACCAGAAAAGGGACGGUCAGAAACAAAUUGCUCCCACCAAUUUGUCUACGGAAGUGAAAAAGGCGAUUGCUCAGUCUUUAGAGAAGUAUUUGGAGAAGGGGCAAGCGUCUUUGAGGCUCAACGACUUGUCUGAUGUGCUCUCAUGGGCAUGUAAUCUUGAGACGGCUACUCAUGUUAUAAUGGUCUGGCACAUAGCAACCACUUUCUGUGAGCAUGAAGUGCCUCGCGCUCAACUUUCACAAGAACAGAGAGACGACUUUGACGUAGCGACUGAGCUAUCACAAUAUCUUGCUUAUUUGGUUGCUUUCGCCCCAAGGUUGCUCCCUGGCCACCCUUGCAGGACCGAAUACAUAUUUGGUCGUGCUGUCAGUGAAGCCAGGGAAUUAGUUGGAGGUUCCUUGGUUUCAAUGGAAGAGAGGAUUCAAAAGCUAAAGAAGGUCAUUGACAACGAACAAUACCAGGAAACCAGCGUGGGCCGAGGCGCACGGCUAGGAAUGCAGCUUGUGAAUGUAGUAGCGGGUGAGGGGCAAAUUUGGAAGGUCUUGGCUGACUUCUGGGCGGAUAUGUUGUUGUAUGUGGCUCCUUCGAAUGAUACGGCGGCUCACGGUAAGUACCUCACCACCGGGGGCGAGUUUGUGACUCACAUUUGGGUUUUGGUCUCUCACGCGGGCAUCACCAGAGAUCCACGUGAUGGUGAGGAACAUGAUGAUCCAGAGAGGAACUGAACUUGGCCUUAUGCCUAAUUAACUAUUUAAAAUGUCUAUAUGAUUGUGUGUGUUUGUAGCAGUCCCUUUAUCUUGCAUCGAUCCCUGGUCAGACUCUAGAAAACUUUCUCGUGUAUGAUGCAUGAUCUCUUCUUUUAUGUUGUGUAAUGUGUCGCUUUAUCCAGAAAAUAUUAGCGUGUUGUGCAUUUGUAAGAUUGUAUUGUGUCGAACAUGGACGAUAUGCAAUGUUUUUUUUU